CCCUCUCUCUCUCUCUCUCCGCCUCCCUUCCCCCGCCGGUUGAUUCCUCGGAGUUAUCAACGGGCCCACGGGCAUCGCUCCCCCCUUGCCUUCGCCCAUCCUCAGCACAGCGAUGGACUCGUACAACUCCGAUUCGGACCGUGAUUCGUCGUCGCGCGGCCGGUCUCCCUCGGCAGGUUCGCGCUCGCGCGCGGACUUCCGCGCCCGGUCCCGGUCUCGGUCAAUCUCACCAGCUGGACAUCGGUCUUCCGGGCGCUCACGCUUCUCCACAGGCGGAAGUGGCCGCGGUGGCAGCGGUUCCACUGGCUCUAGCCGCUGGUCCGACCGUCGGCCUGAUCCCUCCUCUGGCGGGUUCUCCAGCUCCAGUUCCGGAUCGUCCUCCCGCCAAGUGGCCGGGUAUGGUGCCCAUGCCGGUGGUGGCUUCCCCUCCCACCAGCAGGGUCCCUCUUACCACCAUGAGGCUUCCUCACUGAGCGGGGGCUUCCAUGCUUCUGGCAGUGGCAUGCAUGGCCGGCACUUCAUGCCCGAGACCGAUGAGUUUGGCCGCACCCUGAUUGAGGCUGGUAAGCGCCGGCGCCGGUCCAUCUCGCCAGGCGACGGUCUCCCGAGCCGGCCUCGCAGCCGGUCUCGGUCCCCCCCUCCCCCCUCUCGCUUUGGAAGCGGCACUUCCUCCAAGCCUGCUGGAGCGCCGGCCGGCGCCUCCACCUCCCAGGGCCAAGCCGAGCAGUACACUUCGGAUGGCAUCAUCACCCUCGAGCGCUUUAUCGAGGAGGAGGCCCACUCGAUGAACACCAACCCCACGGUGGCGCAUCAGCGCUACUACCAACGGGUGCUCAAGCGCAGCGCCCUGGACUUCUUUGAGAAGUGGUCUAACACCGAGUGGUUCCAGGAGCGCUAUCGCCGGUGCGGUGUGGCCGAUGCCGAGGUGGUGCACCUGGCCUUCAAGGCCUUUGACCCGAGCCAGCCGCUGGCCUACAAUCCGGCUGACGCUCUGGUGGACGCCUCACGCGCGGUCAUGGCCACCCCCACGGCCAAGGAGAUCUCCGACCGGGCGCGCUCUUGGGAGGAGCUGAUCCCCCUGUCCGGGGCCUUUCCCCAGCCCACGGACGUGACUCCCGGGCUGGUGGACACGAUGCGAGCCGGGGGAGCGCUCGGCGGCCCGGCCGGCGGUUCGGAUGGCGCCGGCCCCACGGCCGAGGCACUGGUCUUGAUCCAUGGGAUCCGGCCGGAUGCCGGUAGCUCGGCCCUCUGGGAGCUGGUGUCCUCAGCGGUGGUGGCCUGCACCAUGGAGGCCACCCCCUCGGCAGCGGCGGCCAUCGGCCUGCUCGGGGCGGCCCCGCCCCGUCCAGGAAUGCUGGGCGCCAGUGGCGUCGGAGGCCGUGAUGCCCGCGGCCGCGCGCAGGCCGAACAGGAGCAGGGUCUGCUUGAUGGUGGGGAUGUCCUCUUCGGGGAGCUGCUGGUCAAGAUUGGCUCCAUCGAGGUGGGCGAGCCGCGUCCCGAGCGGCACCUGGCCCGUUCGGCCUGGGUGUCCUUCAGUGCGACGCGUGCCAGCCGCAAGGAGAUCCAGGCGGCGGCGGCUGUGGCAGCGGCGGCGGCAGCGGCGGCAGCGGCAGCAGCCACUGACAGUGCUGAUGGCACCGGCAUGGCCGUCGACACGCCGGCCGAGGUCCCUGGACCGGGGAUUCCGGCUGAUGCCGGCUCCGAUGGGCUGGACGUCGAGGCGCCCCCGCCCUCUGAGGCGGACCUGGAGGCGGAGCUCCUCGCUGCGGCCGGACUGAUCGCCGCCAAGAUCAGCUCCAUGAAGCUGUCUGGGGCCUAUCUCCAGGCAACUGUCCUGCCAUCGGCCAAAUUCCAGGCCCAGCUGGUCCCGUCGGCCUCCUCGACGCCGGAGCGUCUGCGCCACGACCGCGAGCAGCUGUCGCAGCUGGUCCGCCUGCUGGAUCUGGAGCGCAAGAUCACCGACAAGUCUGGCAAGGUCAUCCUUCAGGCGUCCAGCGGCGAGGGGGUUGGCCAUCACCCUCUGCCGGCCUCCGCGCGAGCGGUCAUCUUCUCGACCGGCACCUACUUCCCGGAGCGCGAGUCGGACGUCUACUUCCGCCCGGCAACCGAUCUGACAUCGGUGCUGAACAUGUCCGGCGGGCAGAGCCACAGUGACCGGGCGGCCGCGCGGGCGGCGGCGGCGGCGGCCGCCGCCGCGGCAGCCGCUGCCGCCACAGCCCCCCAGCCGACCCUGCUCCUGCCGCUGUCACUGAGCCUGAGCAACCAGCCCGCCUCGCCGGCGUCCUCGGCCGGCGCCUCCGCCGGGUCCUCUUCGGCGGCCACGGCCGGGCCUGCCCCGGGGGUCACGCCGGCCACGGCGCCGGAGGCCGAGGCCCCUGCCCCGCCGGCGGCCGACGCCUUGAUGGAGCCCUCGGCGGCUCCCUUCCUCGAGGCGCCGGCAGGGUCGGUGGCUUCGCCCGGCCCGGCGGCUCCCCCUGCGCCCACUGACAUGGACCUCGAGCUGGCAGCCGCCAUGCCGGACUUGGAAGCCGUGGACCUGCUGGUGAGCUACCUCCGGCGGGUGCACUUCGUGGACUACUACUCGAUGACGCGCUUCUCGUCCUUCUCGGCGCUGGCCCAGCGCUGUGGUGGGGUUGGCAUCGUCCGAGCGGUCAUCCCCCCGGGCAUUGAUGGGGAAAUGGUCACUGAAAACUCCGCCCCGUGGAUGGAUUGGCUGGACACGCGGGCGCGCAACUUCGCCCUGCGCCUGCAGUCGCUGCUGCACUGCUGGAAUGCCCCGCUCCCGACGGUGCCGAGCGACGCCUUUACCGAGACCUCUUCCUCCUCGGGGACCAUCAUGCCUGACACCUCGGGUGGACCAAUCAGCCUGCCGGAGGCCCUCUUCGGUAUCGGUGACGCCGCUGCGGCCGUGAUUGACACACUGCGCAACCGGGUCCUUCUGGAGCGGGAAUCUCGGUACCGGUGCACGGCUUGCAAUAAGCUCUUCUCCGCGCCGCCCUUCGUGCAGAAGCAUCUGCGUCUGAAGCACGCCAACCUCUUUUCCCAGCUAGAUGCGCAGGCCACCCUUUUCCGCGCCUACACGCAUGAUCCCUUCCUGUGGACGGAUCUGUCGAUUGACUACACCGCCCGGCGCUUCCGCAAGGCGGUUCAGACGCAAUCCGCGCGCGCGCACCAUGCCGCCCUGCUUGCCACAUCGGCCGCCUCGGCGGUCAGCACCGGCCCCGGGAGCCCUCAGGCAUCGCUCUCGGCCAUUGCGGCCAUCUCGCCGGCGGCGGCGGCUGCCUCGAUCGCCGCGGCCGAUGUCCUCAGCGGCAUCAGCAUAUCCGCCAUCGUCGGUCGGCCGCUCCGCUCGUAUGAGAACCUGGACAAGCCGGCCCGGCCGCCGGCCACGUCGCGCGGCAAGAACGAUCACGACAUGCGCACCCAGGACCUGCUUCUGGCGUAAC